CAGUAAGAUGGCGGCUCACACGGGAGGGAAACGUGGUCUCGAACAUUUGGACGAAUAUGAACCGAAAGCAGCCAAACGGCCUCGAAAUCUGCACGAUAAAAUGAUGGAGAAGCGUCUCAUCGUGGUGCUGGAGGGAGCGACGCUGGAGACGGUGAAGGUCGGUAAGACGUUCGAGCUGCUGAACUGCGACCAGCACAAGAACUUGAUAGUGAAGAGUGGACGAGACCCCGGUAACGUCCGGCCAGACAUCACCCAUCAGUCCCUGCUCAUGCUGAUGGACAGUCCGUUAAACCGAGCUGGACUGCUGCAGGUCUACGUUCACACGGAGAAGAACGCUCUGAUCGAGAUCAACCCACAGACACGAAUUCCACGCACAUUCCCACGCUUCUGUGGAUUAAUGGUGCAGCUCCUGCAUAAGCUGAGCGUGAGAGCGGCCGACGGUCCACAGCGCCUCCUGAGGAUGAUUAAGAACCCCGUAUCGGACCACCUGCCCGCGGGCUGCCCGCGCUUCGCGAUGUCCUUCAAGGCAGGAGACGCUGUCUGUCCCAGAAGCACGGUCCCGGGGGACGGCCCCGCCGCCGUGGUUAUCGGAGCCUUCGCACACGGAGCGGUGAACGUGGACUACACAGAGAGCACCGUGUCCAUCAGUAACUACCCCCUGUCUGCGGCCCUGGCGUGUACCAAGAUCUGCUCUGCCUUCGAGGAGGUCUGGGGGGUGCUGUAACGGAAACACUCGGAGCUUGGACUUGAAUCGGAGCGGGCGUCCGUUCGGACCUGCUCAGCCUGGACCGGUCCAUUCUGGUGCAGGUUGAUGGACUUCCUGUAGAAAUGUGUUUUGUACGUUUAUACAAGUUUAAAAAUGUAAUAUUUACAUUUAUGUCUUAGUGUUACAAUAAAUCGUAGCCCUGA